AAUAUAAUAUAAUCACAGUAAAUUUAAAAUUAUUUGCAUCCCAUUAUUUCCAACAGAACUUGGCCUAACUUGUUAUUUGCAGUAGAGUACUGCAGUGAUCUCUACCUGCCCAUUUCAAAAAGCUAGAUAUCUACUUAGUAAAUUGAAUAAUUAUCUAUUCUUUUCAGUUCAGGAGAAAUGGGCAGUGAACCGGUGAAUGUGAAUGAGUUUCAAGCAUUGGCUAAGCAAGCCCUUCCGAAGAUGUACUAUGAUUACUAUGCUGGAGGUGCUGAGGACCAACACACACUUAAGGAGAAUGUGGAAGCAUUUCAACGAAUCACGAUUUGUCCGCGAGUUCUUGUCGAUGUGAGCCAAAUAGAUAUGUCGACUACAAUACUGGGUUAUAAAAUCUCGGCUCCCAUUAUGAUUGCUCCAACUGCAAUGCAUAAGUUUGCAAAUCGUGAAGGCGAGAUUGCUACAGCCAGAGCUGCAGCUGCAUGUAACACGAUUAUGAUUUUAUCCUACAUGUCGUCCAGCACGGUGGAGGAGGUUGCUGCUAGCUGCAAUGCCAUUCGAUUCUUUCAAUUAUAUGUGUAUAAAAGACGAGAUAUAUCAGCUCAGCUUGUGCAAAGAGCUGAAAGAAAUGGAUACAAGGCUAUUGUCCUAACCGUGGAUGCUCCCAGACUUGGUCGAAGGGAGUCGGACAUAAAAAACAAGAUGGUUGCUCCGCGGUUGAGGAAUUUUGAAGGUUUAAUAUCAACUGAAGUUGCCACUGACGAAGGUUCAAAUCUAGAAGCUUUUGCCAAAGAUGCUUUUGAUGCUACCUUAUCUUGGAAGGACAUUAGCUGGUUAAGAUCCAUUACAAGCUUGCCAAUUCUUAUUAAGGGUGUACUUACUCGCGAGGAUGCAAUAAAAGCUGUGGAAGUAGGUGUUGCUGGGAUUGUAGUCUCUAAUCACGGUGCGCGUCAGCUAGAUUAUAGUCCAGCCACUAUCACUGUUCUAGAGGAGGUCGUUCAUGCUGUCGGAGGGAAAAUUCCUGUUUUAUUGGACGGAGGAAUACGGCGUGGAACGGAUGUUUUUAAGGCCUUGGCCCUUGGUGCACAAGCUGUUCUGGUUGGAAGGCCAGUUGUAUUCGGGUUAGCAGCAAAGGGAGAAUAUGGAGCGAGGCGGGUAAUUGAAAUGUUGAAGGAUGAGCUUGAGCUGACUAUGGCUCUUUCUGGCUGUCCGAGUUUGAAACAUAUUACCAGGAGUCAUGUCCGAACCGAGCAUGACAGACUCCAAUCCAUGCUCUAGUAAUGGUUUCAGAUGAUCAUAUUGUUACCCUACAAAUUCUGCAAUUAAACUAGGCUAUAAUGUUUAGCAAACCAAUUUGCAAUAAAUCUGUCUCAGUUUGAAGUAUCUGCAUACUUCAGUUCAGAAAAUUAAAGUAUAUGCAUACUUGUCUUUGAGCAUAAAGUAUAUGCAUACUUGUAUGAUCAUAAACAUGAAUUUCAGUUAAUGUUAUAUUUUUAUUUCAAGAAUACUCGAUGCUUCAUUUGAUUA